AUGGGUAUCGCGUUCCUCUUGGAUCCGAACACAGACACGAAACUAUUUAUUAAUGGUGAUGAAGCCAACAGCAUCAAGGAAACGUGCGACUACGCUGAGAGAAGUAAAAUGCUCGAGCGCUUACAGCUUACCUGGACGCAGUUCAAUGGAUAUCUGUACGACUUUUCUAGUGAAAAGAAGCGCUGGACUCGAGAGACCAAAGCGCAAUAUGCUGGGGUCAAUCUGCGUCAUUGA